AUGCGAUCAGAGGUAUUAACAAAUUUAAUAAAGGGGUACCAGUUAAUAGCCAGCAACUCUCAGAACUACCAGCAUAUUUUGGCCUUGGUUUUUGCUGUAAAAGAGAUAAAUGAGAACUCCCAAAUCCUACCAAACAUGUCCUUAGGAUUCUACAUUCUCAACAGUUACUAUGUUGCAAGAAUGACUUAUAAGGCCACCUUGAACCUACUUUCUACACCACAGAGGUUUGUUCCCAACUUCCGGUGUGAUUCCCGAAGCAAUCUGAUAGCUGUCAUUGGAGGACUUGUCUCUGAAACUUCUGCCAAUGUAGCCACCAUUGCUGCCAACUAUAAAUUUCCACAGCUCACCUAUGGAUCAUUUUCCUCAGUUCAGGAUGACAAAACUCUAUUUUCUUCCUUGUACCAAAUGGUCCCAAAUGAAGAACAUCAGUAUAGGGGGGUUGUCAGAUUACUUCAUCAUUUCAGAUGGACAUGGAUUGGGCUCUUUGCCGUGGAUGAUGACAAUGGGGACAGAUUUUUACAAUCAGUGGUGCCCAUGCUUGCCCAGAAUGGAAUCUGUUAUUCCUACAUAUUUAGAACAGCAAAGCGGACGUAUAUGGAAGAGUUGAUAGACAUAGUUAUAAGACAGUUGGAGAAAUAUCAACUUCUAAUGGAUGAAAAAACAAAUGCAUGUUUUGUGUAUGGAGAAAAUCCAUCACUUCAAGUUUUAAGAAUGAUGCUGUUUUAUGCAACAUUCCUUGCAUUGCCACUUGUGGACAAAGUGUGGAUUAUUACAUCACAAUGGGAUUUCCAUUCAGUAUCAAUUCAAAGACUUUGGGAUAUACAAAUCUUCCAUGGUGCACUAUCCUUCACAGUUCAUUCAGAGCAGCCACCUGGAUUCAAAACAUUCACUGACAGCAUAAAACCUUCCUGGGCAAAGAGAGAUGGUUUCAUUCAGAAUUUCUGGGAGCAGGCAUUCAGCUGUUCUUUAAAAAUUUCCAAUGGGAAUGUGGAAAGCAAGAAAAUCUCCACCGGCAAGGAGAAGUUGGAGAGCCUUCCUCGUACUUUCUUUGAAAUGAGCAUGACUGGCCACAGCUACAAUAUCUACAAUGCUGUAUAUGCUGUGGCACAUGUUUUGCAUGCCGCAUACAUCUCUGCAUCCAAACACAGAAGAUCAGUAGAAAGAGGAAGGGUGAGCUUUCGCUAUGCACAGCCAUGGCAGCUCCAUUGCUUUCUGAAGAACAUUUUGUUCAACAACAGUGCUGGAGAGAGUGUAUAUUUUGAUAAAAAUGGAGAAUUAAUUGCAGGUUUUGAUGUGAUAAAUUGGAUUACUUUCCCAAAUGGCUCAUUUGUUAGAGUCAAAGUUGGAAGAUUGGAUCCUCAAGCUCCUCUGGGCAAUGAAUUAACUAUUAAUGAUGACCAGAUUGUGUGGCAUCGAAGCUUUAAUCAGGUAUUGCCCAUUUCUGUGUGCAAUGACAACUGCUAUCCUGGUUACAGCAGGAAAAAGAAGGAGGGGAAGAAAUUUUGUUGCUAUGAUUGUGCUCCAUGUCCAGAAGGGAUGAUCUCUAACCAGAAGGAUAUGGAUACCUGUUUCAAAUGUCCAGAAGAUCAGUAUCCCAACAAGGACCAAAAGCAAUGCAUUCCCCGAGUUAAAAGCUAUCUCUCUUACCAAGAACCUUUAGGAUUCACUUUUACUAUGUUUGUUAUUACUUUCUCUCUGAUUACAGCUUUCAUACUUGGAACCUUUUGGAAGCACCAGGACACUCCCAUUGUAAAGGCAAACAACCGGACCCUCACCUACAUCCUCCUCAUCUCCCUGCUACUUUGCUUCCUUUGUUCAUUACUUUUCAUUGGGCAGCCAGGGAAGGUAACAUGUCUUCUCCGACAAAUGGCUUUUGGCAUUGUUUUCUCUAUGUCCCUUUCCACUGUGUUGGCAAAAACCAUCACUGUGGUUCUGGCAUUCAUGGCAACCAAACCAGGUUCUGGGAUGAGAAAGUGGUUGGGGAAAAGACUGGCAAAUUCAGUUGUCCUUUCUGGUUCAUUUAGUCAAGCAAGUAUUUGUAUAGUUUGGCUGAUUACGUCUCCUCCAUUCCCAGCUACAGAUACGCACUCUGUGAAUGGGGAAAUCAUACUGCAGUGUAAUGAGGGCUCACCUUUCAUGUUCUACUGUGUGCUGAGCUACAUGGGCUUCCUGGCCACUGUCAGCUUCACUGUGGCUUUCUUUGCCCGGAAGCUACCUGACAGUUUCAAUGAAGCCAAAUUUAUCACGUUCAGCAUGCUGAUUUUUUGUAGCGUUUGGUUGUCCUUUGUUCCAACAUAUCUGAGUUCCAAGGGAAAAUACAUGGUGGCUGUGGAGAUCUUCUCAAUUUUGUCCUCCAGUGCUGGCUUACUGGGUUCUAUUUUCUUCCCCAAAUGCUACAUAAUUAUUUUGAGGCCUGAGUUCAACGACAAGGAACAUAUAAAGAGAAGAGAAUAG